AUGACUUCCCAGUCGAUCACUUCGCCUGAGUCUUUUUUCAGAGACCUUCCUAUACAACUGAAGGCUGGUAGCACAGGAAAGAUAUUUUACGUCCAUCCUGGCGUCUUUGUCCCAUUCUCUUCAUCAGCAAUAUACGCCCGAGUGUACGGGCCCUGGAAAGACCAAAGUGAUGAAGCGCUUGACUUGACCGAGUUCGAGGAACAUACCAUUGAGUGUUUUCUGAACUACGCCUACGCACGAGACUAUUGCCCCUUCCCAACUUCUCCAAAAUCAAGCACAGAGCUUCAGAAAAUAGCCGAAGAGGCGAAGCAUGAUACCUCGGAGGAAAAAGAAACAUGUAUCGACGAAACUAUCACUAGCGAUCUAGGGACUGAUGGCUUGACCACCAGACCCUUAACUCCGAUAGAAGAUUUCGUUAUUUCGGAGCUACCUCUCGCGUCUCAAGCUGUUAUAUCAACGAAAGGUCUCAAUGACAACCCUGACGAACUUCUCACUAUCGAAGUUCUCACUCAUGCCAGAGUAUACUGCUUUGCACAUGUUUAUCUUUUGUCAGAUCUCGAAAAAUUUGCAUUGAAUCGUCUUGUUAAAGUUCUCACCAUUCUACAACACAGGCAAAUAAGUAUGUUGCCGCGGUUGGCGGAGGCAAUCCGACUGAUUUAUUCAAAAACGCCAAGUGCUGGCGCUGACCCCGCAAGAAAUUUGUUGUCUCAAUUUGCAGCUCUAAAGUUCACCUCACUGUUGGGUGAACAGUUUGACAAACUGAUGAGUGAAGGAGGUGACUUCGCUGUGGACGUGUCGUACAAGCUCGCGCGGAAGCUCUUGAUUAGUCCCUUGGAAGACAAAAUUGAACAAUUGACUUUGAAAGUGACGGCACUUGAAUCUGAGUGCUCCGGACUCGAAAAAGACUUGAACCAAUCACGUGAAGAAGUGAGAGCUUGGGAGACAUGGAAUCAAAAUCUGCCGUCAAAAAGACGAAGGCAGCUAGGCGAAUACUUCGAUUAA